AUGCUGAAGAAAGAUAAAAUGCUUUUGAUGAAGAAUUCUGAUCAGAAUGAAACUGCUGAUCAACCUCAGAUGUUCAUCAAAGAAGUUGGAAAAAGAAAAUUUGUUGAUCGUUACGGUGAUCGUUCUGAAAUUCGCAUGUGGGGAUUUGAAGCUGACAGGAAUAUGUGGAUUGUGAAACGUAAGAGUUUUAACAUUGAGUAUUAUGUGAAGAAGAUUGAUUUUAUGUCCUGGGAAAAAGUUGAUCUUGCAGAUCUAGUCCACACACCGUUUCACAACCCAACAAAUGAUCCCAACGCAUGGGCGUUUAAAAGAUUCCUUGAAGACAAAGCUAAGAUGAACUUUGUUGGCAUGAAAACAGUAGCUUCAUUCAUUAAAAUGUCCAAGGGUUUCCUAGAUCCUCACACCAACAAGACUCUGCUUAUGAUGGAGAAUGAAAUGUUUGAGGCCGCUGCUAAGACAUUCACCGGCAUGAUUGCAGCAAUCAUUGAUAAGGAGUUUUGGGCAGGAGCAUUGGGUGAUUCUGACGUGCAUAUCGUGGACAAACCUUGA